UGAAUCUUGUGUGAAUCCUGUGUGAAUCCAGCGGGAACAUGCCGGCAGCUGGAGGGAUCGCUGCUGACAAAGCACCUGGCGUGAUUUCUCGAGUGCACAUCGCCCCUCAGUAUAACAAAUUCGGCCAGCAGCAUGCACUCUGCCAGCAUUCCGCAAGGCUGGGCCAUUCCGCUAUCUCUGCAUCCUGAUCUCCACUCCCAACUCAAGCCCCAGCAAUGGCAGACAUCAAAGAAGCCAAAAGCGAAGCCGCCACCACUGAUGAGCAUAGUCAAGUCCAGAUAGUUCCCGGCCUGGAGGACGAGACAGUGAUUGAAGGGGUCGAUCCUGUAUAUGCCGCAAAAGCUAAGGUACUCAAUCAUGCGAUCCAGGAGAUUGGCAUGGGGCGCUAUCAAUGGCAACUCUUUGUGGUGAUUGGCUUUGGCUGGGCACAGGAUAACUUGUGGCCCGUCGUCACUUCUGUAACUAGGUUCACGUGCUGUCCUCACCUGUGUUGAACAUGUCAUAGCUUAUCCUUACCCCUAUCACUAACGAGUUCAAUCCUUCGCGUCCUCCUCUUCUUACGCUUGCGCAAAACAUUGGACUGCUCGGCGGGGCUGCAUUCUGGGGUUUUGGGAGCGAUAUCUUUGGCAGGCGCUGGGGCUUCAACCUGACGCUGGGCAUCACAGCCGUCUUUGGAAUGAUAGCCGCCUCCUCUCCCAACUUUGCUGCCAUCGGGAUUUUUGCUGCACUGUGGAGCUUUGGGGUCGGCGGAAACCUCCCUGUCGACAGCGCAAUCUAUCUCGAGUUUCUGCCCCAUAGCCACGCCUACACGCUUACAAUCUUGAGCGUCUUCUGGGCGUUCGCACAACUUCUUGCUGCACUUGUCGCAUGGCCAUUGUUGGGCAAUCUCACGUGCCAGGAAAACACUGUUUGUACUCGUCAUGACAACAUGGGUUGGCGAUAUUUUGUCAUCACCAUGGGUGGUAUCGCUCUACUCAUGUUCUUCUGUCGUUUCGUACUGUUCACGGUCUACGAAUCGCCCAAAUACCUCAUGGGAAAGGGCAAGGAUGAAGAGGCCGUGAGGAUUGUCCAUGAGGUCGCAAGGAGGAACAAGACGACUUCGAUCCUGUCUGUCGAUGAUCUGAGAGCUUGCGAGAGAUUUGGUGACCAGGAAGUGCGACAACAGACGAACGCAACCGCCGCCAUCAAAAGAAAGCUUCAGGCUGUGAGCGGCAAGCACAUCAGGGCCUUGUUUGCGACAAAGAAACUCGCAUACAGUACGUCUCUGAUCAUGCUGGUGUGGGCUUUCAUCGGCUUGGCUUUUCCCCUCUAUAACGCCUUCAUUCCCUUUACGCUAGCUAAGAAGGGUGCCGAGCUCGGAGAUGGUUCCACGUACAUCACAUACCGCAACGCCUGUAUCAUCGCCGUCCUCGGCGUUCCAGGAUCAAUCCUCGGAGGGAUCUUGGUCGAGAUCAAAUUCUUUGGGCGCAAAGGUACAUUAUCGAUGGCCACCAUUCUCACCGGUGUCUUUAUUCUCGGAAGCACGACGGCCAAAUCGUCUUCAGCUCUGCUCGCUUGGGACUGCCUCUACUCUUUCUUUUCGAAUGUCAUGUACGCGGUUCUGUACGCGUAUACCCCCGAGAUCUUCCCAACGAGGGAUAGGGGGACCGGUAAUGCUUUGACGGCCAUCUCCAACAGAAUCUUCGGCAUCAUGGCGCCCAUUAUUGCUAUGUUUGCCAACUUGGAGACAUCUGCGCCGGUGUACACAAGCGGCGCGCUGUUCAUAGCUGCGGGCUUGGUCGUUGUCAUACUCCCAUACGAGUCUCGGGGGAAAGCAUCUUUGUAAUCAGCACGUCCAGCAGGGGUAUAUGGUGACUUUGGGUGAAUUAUAAUCGAGAAAGCAUGUACUUGUGAAUGAUUCCG